AUGACCUUCCCAGGCCACCCCACCCGGAGCUGGAGUUCCAGCGAGGCGGGCGUGCAGAGUAGGUCACCCUGGGACAUCCUGAAGAGCGGUGGAGUGGAGCACAGCCCCUGCCAACCAGCGUAUCUCCAGGCAGACAGAGAGGAAAAUCUAAUGACCAGGAAAAGUGAAGAGGAGUCCCAGCUGCUUAGACUGCUGGAUGAGUGGGAUGUAGUGGAGAUUGGGAAUUACUAUGAAUUCUUCGCAGCUGGCUUGGGUAACCUGGAAUGGCUGCGGUUCUGUCUGAAUCGCAAACAUGAUGGAAUCCUGAAGGAUGACAAGGGUUUCACUGCCAUCCACUUCGCAGCCCAGAAUGGCAAGCUUGCCAGCCUGCAGGUCCUGAUAGAGGAGUACCAAUUUCCCGUGGACCUGCCUACUAACAAUGGCCAGACGCCCCUGCACCUUGUCAUCCAGGGGGACAAGGCCAACACCCUCCCCUGCAUUCUCUACUUACUGAAGAAAGGAGCUGCCCUCACCGCUGAGACAUGCAACGGCUCCACACCCCUGCACCUGGCAGCCCGAGAGGGCCUGCUGAGUUGCGUGAAGGUCCUGGUGCAGAACGGUGCCAACGUCUAUGCUCAAGAUGCCAUGGGCUGCAAGCCCAUUGAUUACUGCAUUAUAUGGAAUAACCGCGACUGUGCCAGGUUCUUGAAACAUGCCAUGUGGAAACAGGACAAGAAGCACUUUGCCCAUGAGAUGCGGAAGCUGAAGAAACUCAAGGACGAGCUGGCCCUCGUGGAGCACAACUACCUGACUGAGUGUCAAGAAGAGCACCAAAUUCUGAGAGAAAGUGAGCUCAAGAAGUGGCUCCAACGCAAGCGGCUACAACACCAUGCUGAGCGGCAGCUGCAUGCCCUCCCCCAGGUCGUCCCUCACUCCAAGGCCCCCAGGCACCAGGGAUUGUCACUUCCCAAGCUCGUCCUCCUGUCCCCAGAGGCACGCCUCCGACAGAUACUGCAGCCCAAGCCACAGCCCUUGGAGAAACCCAUAUCCCUCCGCCCUCAGUCCACAGUCACUCGGCCCAUGGUGUGGAACUUUAGCAACAAUCCUGCCAGAUUCCCCACUGCCCAGAUCAGAUACCCCCAAGGCAUCCGCCUGGGCGUGCACCCAGACCCCAGCCUGGAACGCGACCUCAGCAGCUUCCUGGAGGUGAGGUCUGACGAACAGGGUGGUCCAACACUCUACACAGUGGCCGGCGACCAGGUGGCGCCUCUGCCCCAGCUGCCCUUCGAGGUGAUAGUCCACACUCUGUGCCCUUCAGUGCAGCCAGAGAGGAUGAAGGUGCCCCAGGGUUUCUGCUCUGUCAGCGUGAUGGAUGUGCCCCAGAAGCGGCACUGGGACAACGCUUUUAGGACCGACACUCUGGCUAUGAACCUGCGUGAGACAUUUGACGAAGCCUUCCUGGCAGCCGUGGGAACCUGUCAAGGGUUCCCCACUCUGCCCUCCCCGAAAACCCCUCCAUAA